AUGUCUCUACUUUCGAUAUUAUCGCGCUCGCGAGCGCGCAUUCUCCGCGGUCCGCGAACGCCGUUCAGACUUCUGUCCACGCUACCGAACACGCAUAUCUUCCGCGCACUGCAGAGCCAUGACCCGGACAGUUUAGCUGUGAUUCACAGCGUGUCCGAGAGAUCAUUUACAUACGGCAGCCUCAUUGGCGAUGUUGUCCGGGCGAAGGAUGAUCUUGCCCGCAAGGCCGCGAAAGGACAGGGGACGUUAGCCGGCGAGCGGGUUGCGUUCCUCGCGGAGAAUAGCUAUGACUACGUGGUCACAAUGCUAGCCAUCUUCGCUAGCGAUGCCAUUGCGUUGCCGCUUUCUCCGGCUUUCCCAACCGGGGAACUGAAGUACAUUCUGGAUAAUUCGCAGGCAAAGAUGUUGCUUGCGACUGAGAAGUACUCUGAUAAAGCCAUGGAGAUUCUCAGACAGGGGCUAGAACAUGAUCCCAUCUUCAAUGUCCGCAGUAAACUCGAGGGUACCCGUGGCGAGCCUGUCACUCUGACAGACCUGGACAAGCCAUCCGCCGGUGGCAUGAUGCUGUAUACUUCCGGCACAACAAAUCGACCGGCAAGUCCAUCAAGGGAAUGA